AGGGGCAUAACUGCCUAUGUUCUAGCGGACCACACUUCACCAUCUGACUCACCUACCUAACUAACCGACACACCUCCUGAGAGCUUCGUCAUACAUUUCGCCGGCGUGUCAUGAUGUGGGAGUGUCCUGUAGCUACUGUGUGUCCACUGUUCGCUGAUAGGCCGACUUGGUUCGUGUACCUCUCAGCCAAUCACAAAUGUAAGUGGAGGAUUACGCCGCACCCACUGAUCUACAGGCCACAGUCGGACCUUUUACGAUAAGAACAGAAUGUGAACAUAUACUGCCACCCUUUCAGAAAAUGUAAAAUAGUUACGUGCAGUGGAUAAACAUGAUGGAACAUUAUACUUCAGAGGGGAACUGUACCCCUCUUCCUCCCUCUGCUCUGCGACUCCUGGUCCCCCCAGUUCAGUUGGUCUCAGCAGUGAUCUGGCAGACCGUACAACAGAAAGCUGUGGCUGAUUAUGGGAUGCUUGAGGAGUUUGUUUCCACUGUUACAGACAUUGUUCCAGAGCUUCUCAGCACCCACCAGAGGGCCCAACUUCUCCUGGGGCUCAGAGCACGGCUGAUUCUGGACUUGUGUAAGUUUGAAGCUACUGCUGACUGUGAGCUUGUUCGGCCGCACCUGGACAGAGUGCAAAUGCUCAUUGAGGCGUGGGUAAUGGAGCAGGCUGGGGCUGCAGAUGUGGAGGUGCCAGCCUCAGAAUUUGUGGAUCUAGUUAAAAACUUGCUGGAAUAUCCUGAUGAAAGGGAGCACUUCUUUCAGAACGUUUUCCCUGAAGAGUUUGGUCCCACAUAUGAUGAAACACUUUGUACCUUGAUGUGGAUCUUUCUGUCCAGACUUGAAAAGUUAUUUCCUCUUCAGACCUUCCAACAGGUUGCGUCCAUGUUUGGUGAGGUGUACCCAGUUCUCGAGGAGUGUAUGGACUCUGUGUCUCGACGUGAGGAGUUCAAACGCCUGCUGAAACAUCAGAAACACCAUAGCCAGCUGAAUCACAAUGAUGUUUCUUUGGAUGGUGCCUGCAUUAUUUCAGCCCUCAAACUUCCUUCUGUGGAAAAAACUGAGACAGAUAAAACACAAGCCAUCAUCUUGAAUAAUGUGCCAUCAAGUACAUCAGAUUUGGACAAUGAAUCUUUAACAUUGCCAAUACCUAUUGUCUCAGAAGAUCAGACAGGUGAAAUAAAGGUUGGUGAAACUGACUGGAGUCAUGAAGAAAGCGGAACAGCUGUGCUUUUGGGUGAUGUAACAAAACAGAAUGAAAAUAUGGGUCCUCAUCCUGAAAGUCAAGUGCAGGAUGUUUCUCACUGUCUAAAACAAUGCCAUGUUCAGCUAAAAAGACUGGACAUGCCGUUGUCUUUUCAGCGUCGACCCGUGAGACCAAACAGAGGCCUGAGGAUGAAAAAGAUUCUGUUGGAAGAGAAAAGCCAACUUUGUUUAGAGGCCCUCCCUGCCUUCAGAUCAGCUUCUAUGAAAGCAAAACCCUCCAGCAGGACUGUUUCAGAGAUCUCUGAUAAUAAGGAUUCAAGCAGCUUCUUCAAAGACUCAUAUAUGGCUCCUAUCACUGAAUGCAGUGACGAUGACUCGUGGUCUUACUACUCAGAUGAUGACUCUCAUAAGACUAAUAGUAGUAGUCCUAGUACGCCUGGUUCCUGGUCUAACUACUCAGAUGAUGAGUGCUCCGUAGUGACUCGAGCCAGGAGUUGUACCGAAGACGAUUUGUCGUCUAGCUGCUCGAAUGAGGAGUUCGUUAGUCCUAAAAGUGUAUCGGAAACCAGCAGAAAGCCGGGCAUCUCCAACGUCAAAGCUAGUUCUCCAAAAAAGACUCGGAAAUUCCUGUGCUUUAUCUGCAAGGAGCACGGGAGUAGCAGCUUGAGAACUCACAUGAAAACCCACUUCCCCACUGGUGAUUACGCCUGCCCACGAUGUGACAGCAGGUUUAAGCUCUAUUCGUCGUUCAAGCAGCACAUGACUCGGACCUGCUUUGAAUCCAUUCAGCAGCAGGUGGAUCUGGAGAGGCUGGACGAAACUAAGAACCUUUACAAAUGUGACAAAUGCGAAGAGGCAUUCAGGUACAAAGUUACUCUGGGAAGGCACAAACUGACCCAUAAUGAACUCUACUGUCAGGUGUGUAGGAAGGUGUUAAGAGACGCAGCAACUCUGGCAAGGCACAAGGCCUCUCACACCCUCUUUCAGUGUAACCGCUGUGAGGAGUCCUUCACUCUUUUCAAGCCUUUGCUCAGACAUUACCAAAACAUCCAUAAAAUCAGCAGGCCAUUUCGGUGCAACCGUUGUCCGAAAAUUUUAGCCAAGCUGCGCGUUUUAAUUGCACACGAGUGGAAACAUACGGGUCAUCUGCCAUUCCAGUGCACUCAGUGUGGCUUGAGGUUCAGAUCUGAUGCAGAUCUCAUUUCCCAUGAAAGAGUCCACACGAGAGAGAAACCCUACCUGUGUGCAGAGUGUGGCAAAACUUUCUCCCACAGGUCCAACCUGUUGCGACACUUGAAUUUCAUCCACAGUGAGUCUAGAAGUGAGAAAAAGUAUUCUUGCUCUCAGUGUGAGAAGUCCUUCAAAGAGAAAGGAUCCCUGAAAAACCACCAGAGGAGCAAACAUUUAAAUGAAUUUUUCCGUCACCCAUGUCCAUACUGUGGAAAGAUGUUCUCUGCAUCAAGCAUAGCUAGACAUAAAUUAAUCCAUACAGGAGAGAGACCUUUCAAAUGCACUGUACCUGAAUGCGACAGGUACUUCAGGUCAACGUCUGAAGUGAAAAGGCAUGUCCUUUUACACCAUACUACAGAGAGGCCAUAUAAAUGUGACAUUUGUGGAAAGGGCUUUAUAAAAAUGUAUUUUCUUAGUGUACAUGCCAAAGUACACUCAGGAGAGAAGCCAUUUGUCUGCCCUAUCUGUGGUAAGGCUUUCCCCAAGAUCUACAGCAUGCAGAGGCACAAAAAACUCGUACAUACAUUUGUAACGCACUAACCUCACUUGCUAGGAAUGUUAAGCCUAACAGCCAAAAUGACAAACAGGACAAACACUCGUUUGAGGUGGCACCAAUGACAUUCCUGUUACAUUUGUUAUGCUCAAAGAUUGACAGUUUUGGAAAUAAAUGGUCAGAAUUGUUAUCCUUAGCUCUGUCUUUUUCUUAAAUUUCCUUCUUUCUUGUCAAAACUCAUUGCCCAUUUUACACUUCAAAGUGUCCAGGUGUUUGGAACUACAACAGCGAUACUGUAAAAAGCUGAAUACUGCAAAUUUGAAAUAUAUAUACAUUUAUUUUUAUAUAUUUUAACUUAACUCAAAAUAUGCAUUUCUAAAGUAUAAAUUGUUUAUGUUUUGUGUUAUACAUGUUUUAUAUUUGUAUAUUUAUGUUUUACAUGUUUUUGAGAAGGAAGUUUCAAAGUGAAUAUCUGAAUGAAUGUUUUUUUGCUUUAUUUGUGAUAUUAGUAACUCGGUGACUAGGUGCUUUAGCGGAGCAGAACAAAAUUAAGACUGUGUGUCUUGAUAAAUUACCAAAUACACAAAGGGUGUGAUAGAAUUGUGCUAAUAAGUAAAAUAAAUAAAACACUUAAAUAAAUAAAUGUGAAUGAAAGAAAAACUAGAUUUUU